AAGAACACCCGGGAAGUGGUAGCCAUCAAAUGCGUGAGUAAGAGAAAUCUAAACAAGGCCUCUGUCGAAAACCUGCUGACCGAAAUUGAGAUCCUGAAGAAUAUCCGGCACCCUCACAUUGUGGAGUUAAAGGACUUCCAGUGGGACAAGGAGUACAUCUACUUAAUCAUGGAAUAUUGUGCUGGAGGGGAUCUCUCCCGUUUCAUUCGUAGCCGGAGGAUUCUUCCAGAAAAAGCAGCUUGUCUAUUUCUUCAACAACUGGCUUGCGCCUUGAAGUUCCUUCACGAUAAGAAUAUCUCCCAUCUGGACCUCAAGCCCCAAAAUAUUCUACUGAGUUCCUUGGAGAAACCUCAUCUCAAGCUGGCAGAUUUUGGGUUUGCACAGCACAUGUCUCCCAGGGACGAGAAGCACGUGCUGAGGGGCUCCCCCCUUUACAUGGCCCCCGAAAUGGUGUGCAGUCGGCAAUACGAUGCUCGGGUGGAUUUGUGGUCAGUGGGCGUGAUCCUCUAUGGUAAGAGAAGUUGAGCUAUAAGGUAACCCUCCCUGUCACUUUUUUCUGUGAACAUUCUUGUACAUAUUGAAACACACACCCAUACAUUUGUAAUAUCUAUCAUCUAUCAUAUCUAGCAUCU